GGGGGAUUUUGAAUUUUCAGCAGCAUUUUGUCUUUCGGAGCGAAAUCACAAGAACAAGAAUCACCGCUUUUAGGAUAUGCCGGUUGAGGCUUGACGUAGCUAGCUACAGAUAUUGAAGCAGUAUGAGCUGGGUAGUGGAGGAGUGGAAGGAUGGUCUUUCAGGUAAAGCCCUGCAGAAGAUACAAGAGAUUGAGGGACAGCUGGACAAGCUGAAGAAGGAGAGGACUCAGAAACAGUUCCAGCUCGACUCACUGGAGGCUGCUCUACAAAAACAGAAACAAAAGGUUGACAGUGAGAAGAGCGAGGCGUCUGCCAUUAAGAGGGAGAACCAGGCCUUAGUAGAGUCAUGUGACGCCGUGGAGAAAGCCCGUCAGAAGGUGACCCACGACCUGGGGGUCAAAGUGCAACAGGUCAGCAACCUGGAGGGUCAGCUCAGCACCAGCAAGAAGACCAUAGAACGACUGGAGCAGGAACUCAGGAAAUAUAAGAAUGAAAAGGACCGUUCGCAGCUCUCUCACUCCUCUGAUCUACAGUCCUACAGCACUCCUCAGAAGACCUUUGCCACUCCUGCUGCGACUCCCAGCUACAGGCAGCAUGACUCCAGACUGGAGGACCUUCAGGAGAGAUACAACCAGGAGGUGGAAGAGAGGAAGAGACUGGAAGCCGAACUGAAAAUCACACAGGUCAAACUGUUGAACCAGUCGUCCGUCAGUCAUAAGGACAUUGCCACCCGGCAACAAGCAGGCUCCUCCAUAUUCCCAUGGCAACAGCAGGACAAGGGCCGCCAGUCCCAGGGCACCAUUGAAACACCCCUGGCUAGGCGGGCAGGGGGCGGGACAUCUGCUGGCGGCUUCCUGUGGAACACAGAGGAUACACCAAUCAAAUCCAUCCAGCGAAUCAGCACAUCUGUAUCCCAGUUUGAUUCUGAUGGCUCCUCCCAGCAGAUGGAACAGUUGAGGAUGUUGAAUCAAGAGCUGAAGAGUAAAGUGUCUGAGCUGGAGCAGCGUCUGCAGUCACAGGAGAAGGACGCGAGGAUGCAGAGCGGCAGGCUCCAGGAGCUCCAAGGCCAGCUGGACCAGGCUAGGAGAGACCUGACCGACAGAGACAGGACCCUGGGCAAGAGCAUAGAUGAACUUAGCAAGGCUACCACUCAGCACGAACAAGCUGUCGCCAAGUGUGUGUCAAUGGAGCAGAAAUUGAAACAGGUCUCUGAGGAGAUGUCCUGCCAGAGGCACAACGCUGAGAGCUGCAGACGAGCUCUGGAACAGAAGGUCAAAGACCAGGAGAAGGAGAGCCAGAAGGAGCUGUCCCACCUCCAGAGCAGCCACCACGCCUUAGAGCAGCAGUUUAACCAGACCAAGACCAAGCUGAACCAGGAGAUACAGCAAGCCAAGAAAGACCACAACAUCCUGCAGGCUGAGAUGGACAAGGUGUCAUGCCAGAGGAGCCAGCUGGAGAGAGACCAGGAGGAGCAGAAACAGAAGCUGCUGAGGUCAGAACAGAGCCAACAGGCCAGCCAAAACAAGGAGCAGGACCUCAGGAAGAAAUUUGAGGAGCUGCAGAGAGAGAAGAACAUUGUGAGCGCCCAGCUGGACCAAGGUAGCAAGAGGCUGUCUCAGCUGGAGGAGGAGAGGAAGACCUCCGAGCAGAACCUCAAACGCACCCAGAGCAUGCUGGAUGACUUCAGAGCCAAAAAUGAAGCUCAGUCCGAAGAGCUGAAAGGACUUGUCACUAAACUUGAAAGCCAGACCAGAUCGUCAGCCCAAGAUCUAGAGAACCUAAAGAAAACGCUCGCAGACGCAGAGACCAAGAAUGACAAGACUCAGAGUGAACUGAAUACCCAAAAACAGGAAGUGGAACAGAUCACAAACAAACACAGAGCUCUGGAGAAGGAGAUCCAGGAACUGAAGAUAACCCUGACCACCACUCAGAGCGAGUUUGUGCAGCUGAAGAAGGAGUACGAGACACUUCAGGGAUGGAAAACGGAGAAGGAGACGCUCGUUAACGAGACUGAGGCUGUGCAGCAAGGCUUUGUCGACAAAAUCACUGAGCUGGAGAAGAGUCUGAGCUCGUUGAACGACGAUAACAGAGGUCUAAAGGAGCAGCUGAAGACUCUGGAGGCUGAGAAGGCUUGUCUAUCGGGGCAGAUUGACUCUCUGAAGGGAGAACUCCUCAACAAGUGUACCGACCUGGAGGAGAAGGGCUGCAUGUACGAAGAGCUUCAGAAACAGCUGAUGGAGUCUGACCAGAAACACUCAAAAAACCUGGAAACCGUUGGGUUGCAGGUGACCCAGCUCGAGGGACAAGUGAAGGACAUGGAGUCCAGGCUGCAGGUGGAGACUGGCAGGGCGAAGCGGGCCGAAAUGUUUCACACUGAGCUCCAGGAGCAGUACCAGGCGGCCUGCGACCUGGCCCGGUCCAAAGAUGCUCUGGUAGAGUUAGGCCAGAGCGAAGCAGCCCAGCUCAGGGAGAGCCUGGCUCAGACCACGGCCCUACAGGAGGAACAGCUGGCCAGGUUUACCCAGGAGAAGACCGCCCUCCUGAAGGAGUGUGAGGAAAGCGUAGCAUUGAAGGCAGACGAGGCUGAGCAGGCCAAGCUGAGUCUGGUUACGAUUCAGCAGGAGCUGCCGUUCCUCCAGGACCAGGUGUCUUCACUGGAGUCCAACCUGAAGAUCCAGAAAAUUUUGGGUGUUAAACUACAGGCCAAGUAUGACAACAUUGUCAAUACUAAAGAGGAUAUUGUGCAGAAGCUUUCCGAGGCAGAAAAGAGAGGGGAAAAUCUUCAGGGUGAAGUCAAUAGUCUCUCAGAGCAGGUGAAAACUGUUGGCUCUCUACAGGAGCGCUGUGAUAAUCUGACGGCUGCGGCACAGGAGUCCAUAAGCGCUCUGCAGAACAUGACCGAGACCCUGACCCAUACUGAGACAGAGCUGCAGAAACUGAGAGACUUAGUUGAGAAACUAGAGGCUCAGGUGAACGAAGCUGAGACCAAGGCCUCAGAUCUUGAGAGGGAAAAGGCAGAGAUGGCAGAGAAAGUAGAGAAAAUCCAGAGGGAAGCUGAAGAGGUUUCUGUGAAGUAUCAAAGCCUUCAGGACUCCCAGGAAGAGGAGAGGAAUGGUUUGCUGAAGCAGAUCUCUACAUUGAAGGACAGACUCGCUGAGAAUAAUGCUGCUUCCACCCAGCUGUCUUCUGACCUGAAUAACUCCCUGGAAGCUCUGCAGAAGACCCACUCGGCUGCCGUGGAGCUCAACUCCAACCUGGAGAGCAGCCUGGUGGAGAAAACAAACCUAAUCUCUUCUCAGGAGAUGCAAGUCAAAGAGCUCUCAGAGAGACUCCGUAAGGAAGCCGAGAGCCAUGUCACAGAGCUGGAGACUUACCUCCAGAAACAAAGAGGCCUGAAGGAGCAGCUUGAGAUUGUAAAGAGCCAGCUGGAGAGUAAAAGCCAGGAGGCAGCCGAGGCUAAGGAGAAAUGGGAGAGGACCUCAUUAGAACUGUCUAAGCUGAGAGAAGAUUUGUCUUCUGCCAGAAACGGUGUCGAUGAGAAAGACCGUAAGAUUAAGAGUCUGAAAGAGAGGUUGAACCAGGCUGAGUCUGAACAAGACAAAGCUACCAACGCCCUGAAAGAGAAGGUCAUCAGCAUGAACAAGAUCAAGGUCCAGCUGGAGAUGCUUCAGAUGGACCUGGAGGACAACGAGGCCUGCAUGAACACCUUUGACACCCAGAUAGAGGAGCUUAAAGGAACUGUGGAGGAACUCAGAGGAACCGUGGCCUCUCUGAACGGGAGACUGGAGGAGAGCGCAACGCAAAGGGGCACCUUGGAGACCGAGCUGGGCUCUGUCAAAGAGCAGCUGUCAGAGAAGAGCUGUGAAGUCACCCAGGUGACAGCAACUCUUGAAGACACUCGCCAGCAGAUGCAGGCUGCCUUGUCCACAGCAAGUUUAGUGGAAUCACUCCAGGCCACUGUUGAUGGGCUGAUGGAGACCCUGGAGGAGGAGAUUAGAAAACACAGCCAACUGGAGAUGGACAUCAUUCAGCUCACUGUGGAGAGGGAGCAGUUGACUGUGGAGAGGGAGCAGUUGACUGUGGAGAGGGAGCAGUUGACUGUGGAGAGGGAGCAGUUGACUGUGGAGAGGGAGCAGUUGACUGUGGAGAGGGAGCAGUUGACUGUGGAGAGGGAGCAGUUGACUGUGGAGAGGGAGCAGUUGACUGUGGAGAGGGAGCAGUUGACUGUGGAGAGGGAGCAGUUGACUGUGGAGAGGGAGCAGUUGACUGUGGAGAGGGAGCAGUUGACUGUGGAGAGGGAGCAGUUGACUGUGGAGAGGGAGCAGUUGACUGUGGAGAGGGAGCAGUUGACUGUGGAGAGGGAGCAGUUGACUGUGGAGAGGGAGCAGUUGACUGUGGAGAGGGAGCAGUUGACUGUGGAGAGGGAGCAGUUGACUGUGGAGAGGGAGCAGUUGACUGUGGAGAGGGAGCAGUUGACUGUGGAGAGGGAGCAGUUGACUGUGGAGAGGGAGCAGUUGACUGUGGAGAGGGAGCAGUUGACUGUGGAGAGGGAGCAGUUGACUGUGGAGAGGGAGCAGUUGACUGUGGAGAGGGAGCAGUUGACUGUGGAGAGGGAGCAGUUGACUGUGGAGAGGGAGCAACUUGAGGCUGACUUGCAGAGGCACAGUCUGAACGCUGGGGAUGAGAGGGAUGCGGUCAAACAGGAGAACGAGUGUCUCCAGCGUACGUUACAGAGCCUGGCGGAGAACUACGAGGCUGUUCAGUCUGCGUUUGAGAGAGCGACCCGGCAGAGCGACGACGAGGCCAGAGAGAGGAUCGGGACGUUUGAGAGGGAACAAACCGAGCUCCAGCAGAGACUGAGCGGACUGCAGGGUGAACUAGCCCUGUUCAAGGAACACUAUGACAGCCUGAUGACUCAGGCAAGCCAGCAGCAGUCUCUCAUAGAGCAGCUUCAGACCAAGAGAGACCAGAAGGUCUCUACAGGAGAGGCGGACAGACCGACUUCCAGACUGACGUCAGGCUCCUUUUUCAACGUCAGCUUACCCGUAAAAGAAGAUACCGUGGAGAUGAAACCAACAGCUGAGCAAUCAGAUGACCUCCACAACUCUGAGGUACCUCUACAGGCAGGAAGUGACGGCAACGAUGAGCCAACUGUAGAGUUCAGUGACUGCAUGGAUAAAGUCCCUGUAGAGCAGCAGAUAGCGCUCAGUGAAAGCCUAGAUAAUGAUGAUGUGACCGUCAGAGGUGAACAUCCAGCAGUCUCUGAAACUCCCCGUGACCAGGACCAGCUGGCCCUGAGCAGGGAGGCGCUCAGAAAGCUAGAGGAGGAGCUUCAGACCCUCCACUCCCAGCUUGACCUCGCUACCUCUGAGAUGACCCUCAAGAAGGAGCUGUGCUCUGAGUUGGAGGUCAAAGUUGAAGAGUUAGAGGGGAAGGUCCAACAGAUGGAGGAGGAGAGGUGUGGUGCCGCAGAGAAGAUUAGCGCUGCCAUAGUGGAGAGACGGACGCUAGGUGACCAGAUCUCAGAGUUGACAGAGGAGUCCGAGUCCCUGAGACUGGCCCUGCAGACCUCUAAAUGUCAGCUCUCUGAUGUCAUGGAGAUGCUGGAGACGCUGGAGCUGGCCAAAGGUGGUUGGAGCGAGAGGUUCUUCCAGGUGGAAAGCGAACUGAAGAGGGUUCGUUCUGAGAAGGCCAAUCUGGAGAAACACAUCCUCUCCAUGGAGGCUGAUUUGGAGUGCCUGACAGAACAGAAAGUCACGCUGGAGAGGGAGAUGGAGGCUAGCCGCAAAGCUAAAUGUGACCUGGCCCAGCAGCUUGCCACCCUCACCUCAGAGAACGGACAACUCAGACAGGAGCUAGUGUCUUGCAGCGAGGAUAGAGAUGAGCUGGAACAGUCAGUGGCACAGUGGAAGGAUAAGGCAGAGAGUCUGGAGAAGACAAACGUGGAUACUAGAGAGGUUAUUAAGAUCUUAGAGGAAGAUAUCAGAAAUGGGAAGAGGGAAUCUGAUGUGACGUCCGCUAACCUGGAGAGUCUGCAGAAGGAGAGAGGUCAGCUGGUGCUGCAGUGUCAGACGCUAGAGAAGACCAUCACCCUGCAGAGCGGGGAGAAGGACAACCUGAUUAACCAACUGAACAGCUUCAAAGAUAACCAGAGCUCUGCGAGCAGAGACACUGAGUCCAUGGCCUCUAAGAUCCAGUCUCUGGAAGGGGAGAUAUCUAGACUUGCUCAGUCUCUGGAGUCUUCUCUGCUAGAGAAAGGAGAGAUAGCCUCACGCCUCAACUCAACCCAGGAGGAGGUGGCCCAAAUGAGGUCGGGCAUCGAGAGGCUCCAGGUCCGCAUAGAGUCCGACGAGAGAAAGAAAAAACACAUGAGCGAACUGCUGAAGGCUGCCCGGAGGAAAGCUGAUGCUCUUCAGGACCAGAUAGACAAACAGGAGAGGGAGAGGGAAGACGCUGACCAAAACCUAGAGGAGGCUGUGCUUCAGGCAGACACGGCCAUGGCCCAACUGGAAGAGUUGGAGGAAGAGAAGAAGGAACUGGCCAGGAAGAUUGAGGAGAUGACCGCUGAACUGGACAGCCUGAGAAAUGAGAAGGAGAGGCUUGAGGGAGCGCUCUCCCUGAAGAACGCAGAGAUUGAGGAGCUGAAGGCAGCAAACCGAGCUGCCACUGAGGAACUGGAGAGAGGGAUGAGAGAGGCGGAGGACAAACAGAGGGCAAUGGUGGAAGAGUUACAGGCCCAGUUUGGCUCUGUGAGCUCUGAGCUGCAGAAAUGCAGAGAAGACCUGGGGGGAGAGAAGGAGAGAAGGCGGUCUCUAACGGAGGAAUGGGAGAAAGAGCGCGAGAGGCUGCAGUACUUAGUAGGUGAAUGGAAGACUGAGGGGGAGAGGCUGAAGAAAGAGGUGGAUCGACUGCAGGCUUUGGAGGUCGAGCGGCAGAAGGAGAGAGAGUUGCUGACUCUGAGACUGCAGGAGGACCUGGAGGCACAGCAGAACGAGAUGGGGGACAUCAGAGAGAACAACAACACCCUGCAGCAAGAGAUGGAGAAGCUGCAGGCGCUACUGUCGGAGUGGGAGCAGAAAGAACAGGCUCAGUCUGCAGAGAGACUAGAACUACAGCAGCAGGCAGAAAGCUACAAGUUAUCCCUGGAGGAGGUUACCUCAGAGAAGGAAGUGCUGAAGGCACAGCAGGAGGAGGAGGUGGCAGCCCUUAGGGGUGAGCUGACCUCGGAGCAGGAGGUGCUGAGGGGACAGUUGGCUGCAGCGGAGGAGGAGGUCAGAGGUCAUCUGUCAGAGCUGAGCAGCCUGAGAACCAGAAUGGAGGAGCUCAGCACUACCAUCACACAGCAGGACAGCAGCAAACAGGUGUCUGAGCUGAGCUCCAGAGUGGCCCGUCUGUCUAAGGAGAGGGACUCAGCCCUCAGUAAGGUUAACUUGUGGAUGAACUCCUGUAAACAGCUGGAGAAGGAGAGGGAGGCUCUUGUACUGGAGACCCAGCAACUACAGGCCAGCCAGACACCAGCUGGUGAAGAGAGCAGUGAUGAGGCACAGAAGAGGAGCAUUGAGGAGGUGCAGUCUGAACUCAAAGAGUUGAAGAAAGCUCUAGAGGAGAGGAGUGAGGAGGUACAGGUGCUCAGCAAGACUCUAGCAGAGAGAAGCAGGGAGUUGGAGGUGCAGAAGAGGAGCAGUGAGGCUGAACUGGAGGAGCUUACUGCAGCCUUGGAGGAGAGGAGCAGGGAGGCGGACGAGAGCAUGGAUAAAUACUGCAGCCUGAUGGUCCGUGUCCACAAGCUGGAGGAGACCAACGACACGCUGGAAACUCGUCUGGAGCGCUUUGUCACGCAAACCACUAGCAGCACGGCUAACAAUGCUAGCAGCACGGCUAACAAUGCUAGCAGCACGGCUAACAAUGCUAGCAACACGGCUAACAAUGCUAGCAACAAUGCUAGCAACAACACACCCAGGCGAAAGUCAGGCAGGAGGUCAGCCGCCAGGGUACAGGAACCACUCAUACCGUCGUGUCCCGCAAAGAUGGACUCUGAGAACACGGUGCCUGCUGGUCAGGGUCAGGGUUCGUUGGGGAAGAGGGGUUGUGGUGCGCUAGCAGCUAGCGACAACAGCAACACUCCAUUUAAAGCACAGGAGGCCCUGCUGAACACUGCCAAGAGGAUCAAAGCAACAGCAACCACUCCCAAACCAGGAAGUAGACAGGAAGAGGAGGAGUUUAGGCCAGAGGGACUUCCUGAGCUGGUGCAGAGAGGGUUUGCUGAUAUCCCUCUAGGAGAGGCCAGUCCCUUCAUCAUGAGGAGAACCGCAGUGCAGCGCUGUAGCCCUCGUCUGGCCGCCGCACGACACACUGCCACCACCCCCUCUGUAACCCCCCAACACAAGGGGCUGGAGUCCCUGUCCCUUCAGAGCCCUGUCGGCAUGGCAACUCUGUCUGACAGCCCUGGUGGGAAAGGCCUGUGUGUUAGUCCCGCCCCCAGUGGCGAGGAGAGGCGUGGCCGUCGGUCCCUGAGCACACGGAAGACUCCGGAACAGAGGGAGAAACGCAAAGAGGCCAUGAUGACAUCAUCACGCCAAGAGGAGAACUGCCAAGUGCAGUAACAUAGCAAUUAACUAACCUGUACAGUCAUUACCAGCAGUAGAUGCCAGUAACACCUCAGCCCAAACCAAUGCGAUGACAGAAUACUGAUGUCAGAAUGUCUGAAAUAGCAGACCUGUAAGCUGCAUUACUAAUGUCAUUUAUCUGCUGUCUGUGGUACAGUAGUACAGAUGGAAUGUGAUUCUCCAAUGUGAGCUGUAGAUAUGAAAUGUUUCUGUGUUUUGUUCUGAACCUGUUUUAUACUUUCUAUUCCUCCUGAUUUACUACUGCUGUUAAUAGCACAACAAUAAAAAGCUUUUAUAGGGCUGGUUUUCCAGACCCAAAUGCAUCCUACUGGACUAGAAAGCAUGCCUCGAUGGAGAAUCUCCAUGCCAUUGGAACUUAAUGUGUGUCUGUGGAAACUAGCCCAUAAAGUCGUAUAGGAUAAACUCCAAUACCUAGUUCUGUAGCGUUACGGGUCUUUUCUGUGUCAAUAACUAAUAAUUCCACUUCACUCCAGCUCAUUGGUUGUUCAUAAUGAUAUAACUGCUGUUUUACUAAACAUUGUAAUCACA